AUGCAUUCUCAAAUGCCUGGGCUACUGGAGGGCAUCUUCAUCAUCUGGUGCAUGUUCACCACUUACUGCGUCGUGGUCCGGGGCUUCGUGACGAGCCCGCAUUUCCUCCGCCUCGCCGUUGGAGACUCGAACACACGGAAGUGGCUCUCAGCGAGGUGGCCGCUCGUCACCGUGCCCAGCAAACGUCAACGCGUGCUCUGGGCCUUCCGUGGCCUGGUCAACUCGUUCGUGCCGUACUACUACGUCGCCGUGCAGGGUCUGCCAGUAAAGGUGGACGGCGCCGUGGAUUACGUCUUAUGGUACCUUUACCUUUGUGUUUACAUUUCUUACCUCUGGGAGGGCGUGGGUGCCCUCUUCUUCGCGCUCCACGAGGCAGAGCGAGGGUGCCACCUGAAGACGCCCUUCCUGUGGGCGAUGAAGGCGUCCUUUUGGGCCUCCUACAACAGCUUCCUCCAGCCUCUCGGCACCGCAGUGAACGUGCUCUUUGGGCUGGUCAAUGGCGAGUUCCAGAAGCACGUGAAGCUCAGCGAGCUCUACGGGCCUCUGCUCAACAGCCGCGGCGAGCUCCGCGGCAGGGUGUGGGCGCGGCGUGCUGCCGCCGCGCCCGUGUCGCAGGAGGACCUCGACGAGUGGAUCGCCACGUGGCGGCGGAAGCGCGAGUCCGUGGGCAAGUCCACGGACACCCUCGACAUCGUCCGGCCCGAGAAGCCGGGGGGGCCCGAGAGGCGGCUGCCCGCGAUAUUCCAGGGCACCGUGUUCCCCACGUGGCACGAGCGCAACCAGAUGAUGAACCACGCCGGCGCGCACGUCUCCCUGAAGCCGUGGGAGCAGCACGACGCCGACGAGAAGUUCCUGCGCUGGCACCCCACGUACCGGGAGGAGGUGGUCCGGCUGCUCUCGGAGCCCUACAACUUCUCGCACAACCGGGAGGUCUGGGUGUUCGGCUACGGCAGCCUCAUGAGCCCCGACUCGCCGCCCGCUGGCCUGAGCGCGCGGCAGCGGAAGCUGUUCCUCCCGUACUGGGUAAAGAAGGAGGCGGGAUUCCAGCGGUGCUGGAACUACCGGCACGGCUCGGUGGGCAUCAACGCCCUCGGCCUCCGCAGGGUCCCCGAGCACCAGGCCGACGACAUCUGUGGCAUCGCCUACCCCAUGGACUACGAGUUCGCCAGCGACCUGUUCAGCAAGCGGGAGGACGGGUACCGCCUCGUGCUGCUCCACGAGGACCUCAUGGCACCCAUGCACCCCGAUUUCCGCAUCCCGAAGGGGGCGGGCUACAUCUGGAUAGUGGGCGAGCCCAUCUCGAAGUGCGAGGGCCCAGAGAACUGCGCCUGCGACGACUACCGGUGCAAGCGCCACUGGCCCACGGACGACUCGCCCAUCCUGCAGAGCUACGUCGACGAGAUCAUCGCCGGCUGCCUCAAGUACAGGACGCUCCCGGGCCAGAGCGACGGCAUGAACUUUGCCGCCGCCGUGUGCCGCUCCGUCCGCGGCUGGGAGGGGCCCUGGUUCAACGACCGCCUCCUCGCGGGCAGGCCCUGGAAGUUCGCGGCGGAGUACGAGCUCACGGACGGCAUCCUGAACACCUGCCCGACGUCGCACGCCGGCUUUGUGGGGCGCAAGCGCCCCGCCCUCUGCGCCUCGGAGGUGCUGGGCCGCCUGCACGAGGGUGCCUUCGCCCAGUGCGAGGGCUG